CAAUAAUGAAUGAAAACAAAAGAUGACUAAUACAAGUAAGAUGUCCAUCGCAGCUGCUUUUUCAAAGUUGAUAAGAAACACUCCAAAACACCAAAGGCCUACGUCAUCAGAGGUUCUGACGUGCCACCUAAAGCAGCGCAAUCUUCCAGCAUGGACCUCUUAUUUUGUCAGGUACUCGAACAUUAAUAGUGAUCAGUUUGGGCUCUCGCAUUUUAAUUGGGAUGUAGACGGAACAAAUUAUCAUAUACUUAGAACUGGUUGUUAUCCUUUCAUCAAAUACCACUGCACUAAGAGGCCUUGGCAGGAUUUAACUCUUGACAAUAGAUUGUUUGGAAUUUUGAAAGUUGUUAAUUUUGGUAUUCCAUGCCUGGCCUACGGAAUCGGGGCUUCGUUUCUGAUCACGUGUGAGGAGGAAGUAAAAACAAGUGCAGGACCAGUGAUGAUUCUAUUCUUAAUUAAAGAAGAUAAGGAUGCAUUAUUCUGACUCAAGAGCAUCACGUUAAUAAAUCGUACAUUCG